AUGACUUCUUCGCCAUUGAUGAAUCAUACGACGGCCAAGAUAUUUUGUCAUUUCAUUUACGUCCUAGGUCCCAGCUUGUCGUUGUUCGAGAGACACCCUCCGAAUCCGCACGUCGCUUUCACUCCAGGUGCAGGGCUCAGUGGCCCUCAAAAUGUGUGGUCGUAUACUGUCCCCAUGUUGUCGUUAUCACAUCCACCACUUCUACAUGCGAUAUUAGCGCUAUCUAGUCUUCACAUAUCCAAGUUGACCCGUGGGCCAACACACCCCUCGCUUCUGCAUUAUCAUAUCGCUCUCAGAAGACUGGGGAAAGCGAUUGCUAGUGAUAAACAUAGAGGGCACGCAGCAACUCUUACCGCAACCCUGGUUUUGGGUUAUUACGAGACCAUGGCAGCUGAGCAUGAUAAAUGGAGCAGCCAUAUUCACGGCGCAAAGCAACUCUUGAAGGAGAUUGAUUUCGACAAACUGAAUAGAAGAGUUUCGACGAUGGAAGAAGAGAGGGCAGAUGGGGGACAGGGUUCUUACGAGUCGGCAGAGUCGGCACUUCAGCCUUCCCUACUCAGGUUACGGAGAAUGAGACGACCGCCCGUUGCCGUUGCCAAUGAAGCGGAUAAGAACCUUACAGCGUUCAUGAUGGGCAAAUCGAAGAGGAGACUUUAUGGUUCAGGGAAAAGGCCAGACGCACCGUUCAGUCGGAAGGAAGAGGAGACAAUGCAAUUGCAGGAAGACAUGUUUUGGUGGUUUGCGAAGAUGGACUGCUACCAAUCCGUCCUGAGCGGGUGUCCUCUUGUUCUUGACUAUGUCUUCUGGAGCCAAUGCCCUCCCCGAGCGCGGAUCGGCACUCUAGGCACAACAUAUGGCUCUUCUGACCACUUUUUUUUGCUCUUAGGGAGACUCUGCGACUUCCAGGUGCGGGAUUUGAGGCGGAAGAAGGCCGUGCAGAGGGCUAAUGGGGGUAUGUGGAUCCCGCCACCGGAGAUGGGGGGGCCGCCGAGAGGAAUGGGAAGAGGGGGAGGGAGAGGGGGGCCGCCCCCGGGUGCAGGUGGGCCCGGCAUGCAAAGGCCUCCGCCGUAUCCUGGGGGUGUGGGUGGACCUCAAGGCGCUGGCGGACCCCUGGGUAUGAGAGGCCCGCCGAGAACGAGCGGUCCACCUGGUAUGAGAGGCCCUCCGGGUGCGGUCCGAGGCCGAGGAAUGGGCCCCCCGCUUGAUCAAAUGCAUUUUGGCAUGAUUCCACCUCCCACAGGCCCCCCACGUCUGCCUACUGCCUUUGCAGAAAAUCUUCCCCGCCACCCUAAUAAACCCUCUGCUACAGCUUCAAAGGAUGACCUUCCAUCGGAGGAGGAUCUUGAAGCCGCAACUGUCCUCGCGGAAACGGAAUGGGCAGAAAUUUAUAAGGCCUUUCACGUCUUCCAAGAGUCACUCGGUGAUGAAUACCAGCCUCUACCUAUCGAAUAUAUGCCUGUGCAAAACACACCCUUUGGCGCAGCAAUCUACUUUAGAACAUACUCUAUCGCAACGCUACAAUCACUAUACAACAUGGCUUUAAUAAUCUUACAUCGAUGCCACCCCUCCAUGCCGGCCGUAUCAAUGGUAGCUGCGGGUGUGGCGGCCCAGAAGACGGCAAAACUCGCAAUAGAUAUUGCUCGCAUCACGGCAGGCCUCGUCCCCACCGACCCCACUGGCCAGAUCAACCCUGCUCUCGGGGCCUCGUUGAUCGAGUCCUCAAUGCCAAUCUUUUUCGCAGCGGUUCAGUACCAAGACCAAGCACAGCGGGAAUGGGUUGUCAUGAAAUUGCGGGAAAUUGCCCGUCUAACGGGCUGGGCCACCGCGUCCCGCGUACUGUUAGGUUGUCAACGUGCAUGGGAGAAGGCAGCGGAAAUGGGGCGUGGACCGGCAUACACCAGGCCACCUUUUGAAGAAGAGGGCGAAUUGUUUUACGAAGCGUUUAAUGAGAAGAUGGCGGCGGAUACGGGGAUCAAUUCCAUGCAGGAUGAGGAGGGGUCUGAGGAGGCUGGGAGCAAGAGGUUUUUAUGGAGAACGGCUGGGAGAAGGACCGCUGGGGCCGUUGGUAUAUUGGGCGAGGAGGGUGAGGACCUGGGUAUCGGCGGGCUGAAUUUGAGCAUGGGUGUUUAG